UCUCCUGCAGCAUCUCCUUCUGCCUUCCUUGUCUCCUAAUAAGGGGAUGCCUUGUGGAGGAGACGGCCGGGAUACUUGCCAUCCUCAUUGGAGAGAAGAGAAACCUGAUAGAGCAGCAUAUUCUAUCCAUGUCAGUCAGCCUGACGGAGCAGGUGAUGGGGGCAUGUCUCCUUAAUCUGAGGGUCUGACUUGCUUCUCAUCCAGACCCCCCAUGGAUUCCCGCCUUCAGCCACAGAGGAUCAUGGGAUAAAUGCGCUGUGGCACCCAAAGCCAGGUAUAGACGCUCUGUUACUACUGGUGGGGCUUUUCCUCGUUCACUGGCGGAUCUUCUUCCCGAUAUUACCAAAAGCGGAGAGAAAGAAGAAAGCUCACUCCAGACCUGUUACCGACAAGCAUUAAUACUGAGGAUCAUUAAAGGACACAAUAUAAAGGGUCAUUAAAGGACACGAUAUGAAGGAUCAUUAAGGGUAUAAAACAUGUCCUCUAGGUGACACAGCACUGACCUGUAGCCCAGGCGUAGCUGUUUCUCUCUGAGUGGGCUGAGUGAGAUGACAUGUCUUUGGAGACUGCUGGUGGCCUGCUGAUGUUGGAUUUAAGUUCAUCCUGCUGCUGUGUGGUUGCUCUACGUGUCGUGCGGGCAUUGUAUAUCAGGGUCACACGUAACGCAUUGCCCUGAUAAUAACACCUUACAGGAAUCACACAGACUGCUUUGUGUUUAUUCACAUAGCCAUGAGUUUUCUCUAUUAAUUAGACAAAGUACCUUUGCUCCUUCGUUACAGACAGAUAUUGUCCUAGUGUGCUCAUAGCUCGCGGUGACAUCAUAAGUGUGAGUACUCUACUCGUGGUCACUGUACUAAAUCAAGUCCAGGCACAGUGUGACCUACAGUGGACAGGGUACCCACGGUGUCCAUGAACAGCAGGUGCAGAGCUCCCUACUCUACAACUUACCUGGAGAAUGAAAGUGUGAGGCAUUGAUGUGAGUGAUUGACACCAGGAAUCUUUUCAUCAGCCUUGCAUCCCCUAUUUCUUGAUUUGACUCAAACCUGAGGCUAUCUCCACCCUUGUUAUAGCCCUACUUUUUUGCUUCUUGAAUUCACAGUGUUGCGGAUCACGAGGAGUUAAGAGUGGACUCUUUUGCACACGUGUAUCAGUGAGGCUUGGUUUAUGUUUGCUGCACAUUAUAGGCAGCGGUGGGAAAGGAGAGGGAGCCAGAGCAGACGGUGGAUGAUUUAAAUACAGGUGCGUGAAGGCAGUAAUGACAGGUGCCUGUGUCUCAGGGAAACAGGAGAUACACAGAUCUCAAAAGUCUUUGUAGGCCCCAAGCUUUUCAUCCCUCUUACCAUUACUGUCAGGGUUGACAGACAGCUCAGCCUCCAAUGAACCAAGUGAAGACCAUGGGCAUAGGGUAACAAUCGGGAUGAGGCUGCUGUCAUCCUUUAUGUUAUAUCAAGGUUUCUAUUGUCUGGUCUGCUCUCUUUGAUCCCACUGGAGGAUCUUCUUGACUAUAUAAGCAAUACCUUGCCAUUUAAUCUCCACUGUGGCCCUCUUUGGAUUGCUUUGUCUUGCCUUGUUCUUACCACUCUGAUCAUUGUGGACCUGCCCAUUGUUCUCCAGGGGUCUUUGUAAUCUGCUAGGGGGACGUGUGAAGGACCUUGGCUCCAUGUGACUGGAGCUUGCAUUGACAGUAAAUGCUGUCUGUCAGUGGACGGGAAAUGCUCAUGGAAUAAGGAUGCCAGUCAGAAGAGGUCACGUUGCUCCUCAGAAUACUUUCCUGGACACCAUCAUUCGCAAGUUUGAGGGACAAAGCCGCAAAUUCAUCAUCGCCAAUGCCCGUGUGGAAAACUGCGCAGUCAUUUACUGUAACGAUGGCUUCUGUACCAUGUGCGGUUAUACACGGGCUGAGGUCAUGCAGAGGCCGUGUACCUGUGAUUUCCUGUACGGACCGCGUACCACCUCCAGCGCUGUGUCUCAAAUCGCCCAGGCUCUGGUGGGAUCCGAGGAGCGUAAGGUGGAGAUUUCCUUCUACCGCAAGGAUGGCAGCUGCUUCCUGUGCGUGGUGGACGUGGUACCAGUUAAGAAUGAAGAUGGAGCUGUUAUAAUGUUCAUCCUGAAUUUCGAGGUGGUGAUGGAGAAGGAACAGCUCAGCUCUCCUAAGAAAGACUCUAACCACAAAGUGCAGUCUCAUUGGUUCCCACCAGGUCGUGGAAAAUCCUUCAGGCUGAAGUUACCUGCACUGCUGGCUUUAGCGGGCAGCAAGCAAUCCCUCCCACAAGAAGACCCUGAUGUGGUUGUUGUGGAUUUCACUAAGCAGAGCAACGACUCAAUGGCUCUUGAAGAAGUGACUAUGACUCCAGUGGACAACUGUGUUGGCUUUCAUCCUGAAGACGAGCAGGCACUGAUCAGCAGCACAGAGCCUAAAGCGUUCCCAGAUGAGGAUGGAGAUCCAGCAGUGCAAUCCUCUCCUCGGACAGACAAAGACCACCUUAACCUGGAUAUGUCCUUUUCCAACUGUAGCUUGACACGUAGUCGUUCCCGUGAGAGUUUCUACAGCAUCCGAAGGGCUUCCUCUGUAGAUGAUAUCGAAGCCAUGAAGGUGGAUCUGGAUAAGAAGUUUCGUGCCCGUAAUUCUAGUACAGGGGCCAUGAAUAAUGUCCGUGUCAAUCUUCUAAAUUCUACCUCGGAUUCUGACCUAAUGAGGUACCGUGCCAUUAGCAAGAUCCCUCAAAUCACCCUCAACUUUGUGGACUUUAAAGGAGACUCAUUUUUGACCUCCCCUUCCAGUGAGAAAGAAAUCAUCGCCCCCUCCAAGCUGAAGGACCGUACCCACAAUGUGACAGAGAAAGUGACACAGGUCCUGUCACUGGGAGCAGACGUCCUGCCUGAAUACAAGCUUCAGGCCCCUCGAAUUCACAAAUGGACAAUUCUCCAUUACAGUCCAUUUAAGGCUGUCUGGGACUGGUUAAUUCUGCUGCUUGUUAUUUACACGGCCAUAUUCACUCCCUACUCGGCCGCUUUCCUACUGAACGACCAAGAGGAGCAAGACAAGGAAAACUGUGGCUACUCCUGUAACCCGCUGAGUGUGGUGGACUUAAUGGUGGACAUAAUGUUUAUCAUUGACAUUCUCAUCAAUUUCCGCACAACAUAUGUUAACUCCAAUGAAGAGGUUGUCAGCCACCCGGGAAAAAUUGCUAUCCAUUACUUUAAAGGCUGGUUCCUUAUUGACAUGGUAGCUGCAAUACCCUUUGAUCUUUUGAUAUUUGGCUCGGGAUCUGAGGAGACCACCACCCUAAUUGGCCUUUUGAAGACUGCUCGUCUCCUGAGAUUGGUACGAGUGGCCCGUAAGUUGGACCGCUAUUCUGAAUAUGGGGCAGCUGUUCUUUUUCUGCUCAUGUGCACCUUUGCCCUCAUCGCCCACUGGUUGGCUUGCAUCUGGUACGCCAUCGGCAACAUGGAACAUGAUGACCAGGACUAUAGGCCGAUCGGCUGGCUGUACUCCCUAGGCACUCAAAUCAUGAAACCAUAUAAUAAUAGUGACGCCAAGUCAGGACCCACCAUUAAUGACAAGUACGUCACUGCCCUUUACUUCACCUUCAGCAGCUUGACCAGCGUGGGCUUCGGCAAUGUGUCCCCAAACACAAACUCUGAAAAGAUCUUCUCCAUCUGUGUCAUGCUUAUUGGAUCUCUCAUGUACGCCAGUAUUUUUGGGAAUGUGUCCGCAAUUAUCCAGCGCCUGUACUCCGGUACAGCGAGGUACCACACUCAGAUGCUGCGAGUCCGAGAGUUCAUACGUUUUCACCAGAUUCCCAACCCAUUGCGGCAGCGCCUGGAGGAAUAUUUCCAGCAUGCCUGGUCUUAUACCAACGGCAUCGACAUGAACGCAGUUUUAAAAGGAUUCCCUGAGUGUCUCCAGGCUGAUAUCUGUCUGCACCUGAAUCGUAGUCUCCUACAGAACUGUAAACCCUUCAAGGGGGCUACAAAGGGAUGCCUGCGUGCCCUAGCCAUGAAAUUCAAGACCACGCACGCUCCUCCUGGCGACACACUGGUCCACGCUGGGGAUGUCCUGACAGCAUUAUAUUUCCUUUCCCGUGGCUCCAUUGAAAUUCUCAGAGGGGAUGUGGUGGUAGCAAUAUUAGGUAAAAAUGAUAUAUUUGGGGAGCCUCUAAAUCUUUAUGCCCGACCAGGGAAAUCCAACGCAGAUGUUCGAGCCCUGACAUACUGUGACCUGCAUAAGAUUCACCGAGAAGAUCUGCUGGAAGUGCUGGACAUGUACCCAGAGUUCUCGGAUUACUUCUGGUCAAGUCUGGAGAUCACUUUCAACCUUCGAGAUACAAACAUGAUUCCUGGAUCUCCAAGCAGCGAAGAUUCAGACAGCGGAUUUAACCGGCUCAGAAGACGCAAACUUUCCUUCCGCAGGCGGACAGAAAAAGAUGCUGACCAUGUUGGAGAAGUUAAGAAAGGCCAGCGACUGGGGCGCCUUGGUCGUUCUAAUGCAACGCCAGAGGGAAAGGACCUAAAUUGGGAGGGACAGCCCAGCAGCAACCCGUCUAGCUCUUCUUCCAGUGAUGAUGAGCAGUUGCCACAAAUCUCAAGCACCAUUGAGCUGUCACCAUUACGUGCAACAUGUAGCAAUGGCAACCUAGAAGCAGCGAGUGUGAGAGACGCAGAUCACAGCACCGGGGACGUGUGCAACCAUCUGUCAGGUGCUUUUUCAGGGGUCUCAAACAUCUUUAGCUUCUGGGGGGACCGAGGUGGGCGGCAAUACCAAGAGCUUCCACAAUGUACCACACUAAGCGCUCCUGUGCCUUCGAUUACCCGCCGUCAGAAAUGUGAAUUAGGGAGCAGACUGGACCACCUUCAGAAACAACUCAACAGGUUAGAAAGCCGGAUGGUGACGGACAUUAACACCAUUAUGCAGCUACUCCAGAAGCAGGCGGUCCUGGUCCCCCCGGCUUACAGCACAGUGUCUUCUCCUCCUCAGAUGUCAGGCUUCUCCCCAAAUGGAGAAACAGCUCUACCACCUGGGCUUUCUCUGCACUCUCCAACUCUGGUAUCCAGUUCUCAGGUUUAUGAAUACCAGGAUUUGGAAGGGCCACGGCUCAAGACGUGUUAUACGCCACAGACUCUGAACUCUGAGCUCAAGGAUAGCCCUAGACGUCUCUCUCUCCCUGGACACUUGGAUGACCCUCUGGACUUGAGGACCCCACAGAGACAUUCAUCUGACCCGGGCAGUUAGGGAUGGUAAUGCCACUGUUAGACUCUGGGCACAAGCCACAUUCUGGCACCACAAUGGGUGUAUGAAGUCAGCCUGGCACCUUGAAAACUUAGAAAUGGGUGUCAUGAUUGGGUGCCGAAAAGCUAAAGCUUUAAUCGCCUGUGUGGAUGGAAGAAAAAGCAAAAUAAGGAAAUUGCUAUGAAUGAUUUAUCAAUCCCAGCCAAGGAAGGACUCUCUGCUUGCUAUUUGUGGCAUGCAUGCCUCCUUGCGGUGCCCGUUCUUUGUAGCUAUCAUUUACUAUUUACGGUGAAUGCUAUUUCUGCCAUCAAGGAAAGCGUGCUGGCACAGAAUACACCCAAAUAGUGGGAGCACGGUAUUGAUCAAUUGGUUUGGCUACUUGAAUAAUAGAGACAUGUGUUUGUGCAGCCUAUAUGAAAUGCAAUGCCGGGUUUGGGUUUUUUAAAGUUUUCAGGAGAUCACUUUCUAGAUUUCAAACAUGUAGCUGAAUUAUAUCACCGUGAUCAGAUUAUCUCCAGACCUUCUCUUGUAGUUUGUAGUGAAGACGGAGAUAAAAUCAGUGGAAAACGUAUCACAAGUCGUCCCAACAGUGUGUGUAACAGUUGGCAUCAUUGUCACAGGAUCCAGAGUGCCCAGGCCAACGUCUCCCAGCAAGCAGCUGGCAUGUUUAGGGGUUAGCCCGAGAAGGGGUGCAAACUGAGGUGGGGAUUAUGGACAGGAGGGAUGCAUAGAACGGGGGUGUAUACUGU